CGGGCUCCGCCCCUGUUCUGCUCCCGGCUUCCGGUCCGGACAGCGAGGCUGCUGCUCCCGUUAUUCCGCCUUCUCCUCCCGCCUGCUUAGGUUCCCGGGAACAUCCCGACCCCGACCCCAACCCUAACCCCGACCUUGCCCGCACUCUCAGCUCCUCCUCGGCAGGUCUUUGCCGGCCUGUGCCCUUUGUCCUGAGCGGCGUGACUAGAUGGAAUACCGUGGAGGUGCCUGCGCUUGAGCUAAACCUGAAAAAGCGUUUGGGAGUCUUAGUCGUCCCCGAAGACCGCCUGUGCCAAGCUCAGCAUGGGUGGGGGUCUGAUUGAGAGGUACAUGGCUGCCAUGGUGCUGAGUGCAGCCGGGGAUACCUUGGGGUACUUCAACGGGAAGUGGGAGUUCCUUCGGGAUGGGGAGAAGAUUCACCAGCAGCUGGCCAAGAUGGGUGACUUGGAAGCCAUCGAUGUGGCCCAGUGGAGAGUCAGUGACGACACGGUGAUGCACCUGGCCACAGCAGAAGCCCUUGUGGAAGCCGGCAAAUCCCCGGACUUGGCUCAGCUGUAUUCCCUGCUCGCUAAACAUUACCAGGACUGCAUGGCAGACAUGGAUGGCCGGGCACCAGGUGGUACUUGCGUGCAGAAUGCCUUGAGGCUGGAGCCCAACAAGGCCAAUGGCUGGAGGAUUCCCUUCAAUACCCGCGAUGGUGGCUGCGGCGCUGCCAUGCGGGCCAUGUGCAUCGGGCUGAGGUUCCCUCACCCUAGCCAGCUGGAUAUGCUGAUCCAAGUGAGCAUUGAGAGUGGCCGGAUGACCCACCACCACCCCACAGGCUACCUUGGAAGCCUUGCAUCAGCUCUUUUUACAGCCUAUGCUGUGAAUGGCAAAUCACCGUGGCAGUGGGGAAAAGGGCUGAUGGAGGUACUGCCGGAAGCCAAAAAGUACAUUGUCCAGUCAGGCUACUUUGUGGAGGAAAAUCUUCAACACUGGUCCUUCUUCCAGAACGAGUGGGAAAAGUACCUGGAACUUAGAGGAAUUUUGGAUGGCAAGUCGGCUCCCAUCUUCCCGCAGCCCUUCGGCGUGAAGGAAAGGGAUGACUUCUACAUCUUCCUGAGUUACUCUGGCUGGGGUGGCAGCAGCGGGCACGAUGCGCCCAUGAUUGCCUAUGAUGCCCUCCUCGCUGCAGGGGAUUCCUGGAAGGAGCUCGCACACCGGGCCUUCUUCCACGGUGGGGACAGUGACUCCACCGCAGUGAUUGCUGGCUGCUGGUGGGGAGUGAUGCACGGGUUUGAAGGCGUUAGCCCGUCCAACUACGAGAAGCUGGAAUACCGCCAGCGGCUGGAAGAGGCAGCAAAGGCUUUGUAUUCUCUCGGGGCAAAAGAAGACAUUGUAUCUGGCCCUUAGGGAGGGAGUGGUUUGUUUCUGCUGGUUUCUUUCCCUGUAUCCCUUGUUCUGUUUAGUCUCUUCAGCAUUUCCAGAGUCAAGAAUUCUAAUCUUGUGCUUGAAGAGUUUUGAGAUUACAAGUCCGUUGUGCACCUUUAGCCCCGCCUUCCCACACUCACCCUCCUUUCCCUGAGUUCAUCUCUGUGUUUGAAAAUCUUUAUUUCAGUUGAUGGGGUCAGCUUUUCCCAUUCCAUUCACAUAAACUUAUAUUUGAGUCUCUGUUUUUAUCAUGGAAUUGUUCUAAAUGCUUUGUCUGGUUUUUUUUGUUUGUUUUGUUUUUUUCUCUCUUUGAUUGAGUCUCCUACCUGCCCCAAGUAGGCUCAGACAAAGAUAUGAGUAUAGGAGUAGUUUAUUUAGGAGGCAAUUCCAGGAAGCAUCAGUAGAAUAGAGAAUUGAGACCAGAAGGGAAGGGAGCCACACAGGGUAGGUGAAUGAGCAGGGUUCUCCAUGGCCAUCUGGAUUAUAGUCUGGCUCAGUCUGUGCUCAAGGAAGUCUUCAGAGUUCUCGUGGUGAGAAAGCCAUGCCCCUUUUGAGUGUGUCUUCACAGACUUUCACUUGAUUGGUUAAGGCUUACCCACAGGGAUGCUGUCAACCUCUCGGGACCUCUCAGCUUGCUUGUGGAAAAGCCAAACAUGAAUGUCUUCACAUAGGCACUCAGGUGCUUGCAAGUUAUUAGGCACGAGAACAGGGGCACAGAGGGGAUUCCAAGAGCAUCUGUGUUAGCCGCUGCUGUGUUGCUGUGAAGAGACCAUGGCCACAGCUCUUAGAAAGGAAAGCAUUUAAUUGGGGCUGCCUUGCAGUUUCAGAGGCUUAGUCUCAUGUCAGGGAGCAUUGCAGCAAAGAGGCAAACAGUGCUGGAGAAGUAGCUGAGAGUUCUUCAUCUGGACCUGCAGGUAGCUCUAUCUGGAUCUGCAGGCAGCAGGUAGCUCAGCAGGUAGAGAGAUAUUGGGCCCAGCGUUAGCCUUUGAAACCUCAGAACCCACCACCCAGUGUCACACUCCCUCCAACAAGGCCACACCUCCUGAACCUUCUAACCUUUCAAAUAGUGUCGCUCCCUGAUGACUAAGCAUUCAAGUGUAUGAGCCUAUGGGGGCCAUUCUUAUUCAGACAACGACAAUCUUCUGGCUACUCUAUAUCCAAGUAUACUAUUGUACUGUACUUUUUCCCUCUGUUCCUUCCUCUUUUAUGGCAGGAUCUCUAGCCUAGGCUGUCUUUUAACUCCUCAAGUAAGUGAAAAUGAUCUUGUACUUCUGGUCUCCCUGCCUUUUCCCCGUGAGUGUUGGGAUUGCAAACAUUCAGGAGCAUGCCUAGUUUAUUUGGUGCCAGGCAUCACACCUAGACCUUCGUGCAUGCUGCCAAACAUUGUAUGAGCUGAGCUACAUCCCCAGCCCGGUGCUUUUAAAACUAUCUUCUCUUCCUCCUCUUCUCUGCCUGUGCUCCCGCCUUCCCCCUCCAUUUCUUUUUGAUACAGGAUCUUAAUAUGAGCCCUGGCUAGCCUGAAACACUUGUGUAGAUCUCACAGCGAUCUGCCUGCCUCUGCCCCCUGAGCGGUGCGAUCACAGGUGUGUGCCACCAAGUCCACUCCUAAAUGUAUCACGUCUUUGACUUGUGGCUCUGACUCUUUCAGUUGGAUUUCUGCAGUCGGGGCUGCACAAGCUUAGCAGAUGCUGCUGUUUGCUGUUCUCAGUCUUGCCUGUGAUGACCCUUAGCACGUUGUGUUAUCUGUUCACUAGUCUCUGUCCUCUGCACAGACUAGCAUAGUGCCUAGGCAUGCAGUAGGCACUUAGUAUGGAUUAACUGGACAUUGUUAAGUAGCUUCCCAGCCCUCACAACUCCCAGGUUACCCUUACAAAUAGCAAGCUGGCUGUGUUGAACCCUAGUUGUCUUCCAGUGAGUGUGUCGCCUCCUUUAUAUCCUGAUGCUGUUUUUCUGUCUUUUCCUUAUGGUAAGUUCUGUCUCAUCCUUCAAGAACCAGCUCAACAGACUCUUGGAGUUGAAGCGCAAACUUAGUCUUCGCUUCACCCACAGCCCUAAUCUGUAGCUCUGUUCCUAUAUUGAAUGUGUUAAGGUGGCUGGGUAUAUUUUUGGUCAGUCUUAAGUGCACACUGCCCAGCAGAGGUCCAGCUACUACAGUAGCUGGACUCCACAUGGCCACUUCAGUCUUCCAGGAGGCUUCCUCACCUGGCUCACUGCCAAGGGUGAGGACAGGCACCCCGUCCUCCAAGAAGUCAGAGUCCUGUGGCUUCUGCUUCAGUUUCCUAGUGUUUAGUGGGUUUGUGGGAGGGAUGUCUCAACAAUAGUCUAGGGUUUGCCUUUCCAAGUCCUUGGGUCUCUUUAGAAUGUGAGAAAGUGCAGGGCCCUAGUGGGUGUCAUCUACUAUGAGCUGGGUUGGGGCUUCAACUGCUGAGACAAAAGUAGACCUUAGACAUCCUUUUUGUAUGCUGCUUCUUACCUCAUCCCAGGCACACUGGGAAUGUCCAGAAUUUCAGAGUUGUGGUUUUUUUUUUGUGGUUGUUGUUUGUUGUUUUGUUUUGUUUUUUCAAACCUCAAAAAUUACUCUGAACUGAUGAUCCUGGAAAACAGGGGAAGGGCGGGAGGAGGAAGAGGAAGGAUGAGAAUGAAGAAAAAGAUGAUCAAUUAGAUGCACAAUGCCCAAGCAAGUCAAUAAAAGUGUGGUCCCAGCAUGA